AUUCCCAUUCCCGUUCCUGCUCCCGUUCCCGCUCCUCGUGCUGGCGGGACUCCUGUGUGGGGCGGCCAGCGCCCCGGCUGAGAAACCGGGGUUCAUCCCACCAAAGUCCCCCAGCUGGAAGAAGGAAGGAUGGCCCCCGAGGGGACAGUUAGGCCGUCCUUUAUACCCUUGGCUUUGGGUUUGCAGGUCAGUUUCGAGCUGGAUAAAGUCCCCCAGUGCCCGGGAGAGCCGUGGCCUCUGCCCCGGGAGGUGCCCCCAACUGUGGUCACGAGGGACACGGGGCAGAGUUACAGGGACCAGGGCAGAGGCCUCGCCUUCAUCUACCACCCUUGUGCCCACCCCUGGCUGCAGCUCCAGCUGACGUUGCUGGCCCGAGCCUGUGUGCCCAGGCCCGUCCUCGUCCCCGCUCUUGGUCUCACCCGUGAGCGGCCCCUGGCCCUGGCAGCCUGGGGGGUUGUGCUGGAGAUGGCUCGGGUGGAGCCGGCCCAGGCUGCUCAAUGGCUGUGGAGGAGAAAGAGGAGAGCGCUCGCCGACACCCUCGGCCCCCGCCGCCACCCCACACUGGCCCGGGGCAGGCGGCGUCUUUGCCCGGGAGAGGGCAUGCAGGCCCUGGCCAUGGCCCUCGCCCUCCAGCCCUGGCGCCUUUCCGGGAGAGAAGCCGUGCGAGCCCCGCCAGUUUCCGCCAGUACGGAGCGGCCCGCUCCCCCCGGGGCGAGGAGGCGGCCACCCCGCGAUGCCCAGGAGGCCACCCCCUCCCCGGCCGAUCCCCUGGGGGAGGCAGCAAAUGUGACCGUGGUCACGGGAGCCCCCGGGCCGGCCCGACCCACCGGCCGACGGGGUGACGCCCUGCAGACUGAGGAGGGAGAGGGUGGCAGCAAUGGGUCCAGGGCCCAGCUCCUGGGGCCGGGGACUCGGGAAGGCUGUGCGUGCCCAGAGAAGGCCCCCCAGGCCUCUCAGGCGGCCCAGCGGGUCCGGGGCCCCACCCCCCGCACCGAGGAGGCGGCCUGGGCCGCCACGGCCCUGACGUUCCUGCUCGUGGUGCUCACGCUGGGCGUGCUCUGCGCGCGCCUGCACCGCAACGUCCGCCGGGGACACAGUCUCUACUGGGAACCGGGCCCGACCCCGGACGGCCAGGACACCGUGGCCGCGGUGCUGAAACGGCGGCUGCUCCCCGGCCCUGGGCGGCACAAGCGGUGGCGGCGCUCCCGCCAGAGACCCCUCCUGCCCUCUACGCCGGACAGCGACAGCUCCGACGACUGACCGGCCUCCCCGGGAGAAGUGGGGCGGCGCUGCCGAGGUUUGGCUGGAGGCCCAGCUGCCACCUUCGGCGAGGGCCACAGGAGGGCUGCCACCUCCCGCGAGGGAGGGCCAAAGGGCGAGGUGCCACGUGGAGGGUGCAGGAGGCUCCCGGCUCUUCCCUGUGUAGGGUGGGAGAGGCCGGGGAUUCGGGAAGGACUGCGGUCCCAGGGUGCCCUCUGUGCUGGCUGCUUGCAGGGAGGAAGGGGCUGGGAGAAAGGGAGCUGGAUUUCCAAUUAAAUU